UAGCUCCGCCCUCUGCCCACACCCGUUCCCUUGACAGCUGGCGGAGUACUCCUAGCGGCGGUGAGGCCGGGAGCGCGCAGGCGCACCAGCCCGCGCCCCGUAGGGCAGAACUCGAGGGCGGGACGUGCGCUAGGGGCUCCCGGCCGCAGGGGCGCGCACGUAGGCACGCAGAAGUCAUCACGUGGGGCACUGAGGAUCGCAGUGCGCGUGGCCGGGCGGCUGGUGUGGGGUUGAGUCAGUUGUGAGACCCCGAGCUGCUGAACCAGCGGGCUGCCCAACAACCGGCCUCAUAGCGGCAGGCGUCGGGGUGCGGGAGCCGUGAGCUGACCCCAGCGGAGAGCUCGGCUGAGCCGUCGCCGCCAUCGUCCCCAGCCAGCCAGCAAGCCGCCGCCGCGGGCGCGCCCCCGCUCUGCGCUGUCUCUCCGAUGGCGUCCGCCUCUGGGGCCAUGGCGAAGCACGAGCAGAUCCUGGUCCUCGACCCUCCCACAGACCUCAAAUUCAAAGGCCCCUUCACAGAUGUAGUCACUACAAAUCUUAAAUUGCGAAAUCCAUCGGAUAGAAAAGUAUGUUUCAAAGUGAAGACUACAGCACCUCGUCGAUACUGUGUGAGGCCCAACAGUGGAAUUAUUGACCCAGGGUUGACUGUGACUGUUUCAGUAAUGCUACAACCUUUUGACUAUGAUCCUAAUGAAAAGAGUAAACACAAGUUUAUGGUACAGACAAUUUUUGCUCCACCAAACAUUUCAGAUAUGGAAGCUGUGUGGAAAGAGGCAAAACCUGACGAAUUAAUGGAUUCUAAAUUGAGAUGUGUUUUUGAAAUGCCCAAUGAAAAUGAUAAAUUGGGUAUAACUCCACCAGGGACUGCUCCAGCUGUCACUUCAAUAAGCAUCAUCAACAAGCCAGUUGCAACUCCUGCCAGUUAUAGCAUGAAGAAUGACCCCAGGGGACUCAGUGUGUUCAAACAGGAGAAGCAGAAGAAUGAUAUGGAACCUAGCAAAGCUGUUCCACUGAAUGCAUCUAAACAAGAUGGACCCAUGCCAAAACCACAUAGUGUUUCACUCAAUGACACUGAAACAAGGAAACUCAUGGAAGAAUGUAAAAGACUUCAGGCAGAAGUGAUGAAGCUAUCAGAAGAAAAUCGAUACCUGAGAGUAUUGUAUAUGCCUCAUGUUUUGUGCACACCAGUUUGGAAUGAAUCUCACUUAAUAUGCACCAUGCCUGUGCUUCAACGUACUAUCCUAGCUAAGAGCCAAGGACCAAGAAGAUGGUUAGCUUUGACGAGAAUCUUGAUUCUUGAGUGGCUGAAUUAUAUCUGAUUAAAAGGCCAUCCAACCUGGGCCAGUUGGGUGGAGGGUCAUGUGAUAACUGUCCUGAACAAUCGGAAGCACAUGGAGCUGAGAAUGGAAACUGGGAUGUCAAGAGAACCAAAUAGAGCCAGGAGGCCUUAGAGAAGUUUGUCUUGCACAUGUUCUACCCAACGCAUUUCUCCAGGAACUUUUGAGCUCCUCAGCCUUGCCUGGACCUUAAUCUCUUCCUCAUCAAGGCAACCAGAUCAUCUAAGUUCCUUACUUUGAAAGAGCCAAUCCAUUUUGCCAACCAGUAUCCUUCAUUUGCAUACCCAAACUAACCAGUCUCAACCUAUCAGAAGCCUUCAUUUACCUGAAAGGACCAGAUUGAGGACUGACUGCCCAUGUAACCAGAGGCUUUAUAAAGCCUGUCCUUUUUUUGUCAUAUACAGGCAGUGCUCGGGUUACGUCAGACUCGAUGUAUGUUGUUUCGUGGUUACGUCGCCAUCUCCCAUUUAUUUAUUUAAAAAAAAAAUUCCAUUUGGACGCAUGUACAUAUGUGCUUUAUGUUUUUUUAUUAUUUAUUUACCACAAGUAAAGGUCAGGAAUUGUUAUCUUUCGUUUAAAUUUCGUUAAUACUGUUCCACUUCAUUACUGCUGUGUAUGUGCUCCAUGUGAGUGAGGUAGGUGGGUUCCGACUUAUGUUGAAAACCGCAUUAUGUCGCGCAGUAGGGACAGAUCUCCGGCAUAACCCGAGGACCUACUGUACUUUAGGUUGCUAUCUGAAUCUGUGUCUCCCAGUUGCAACCUCUGUAUUCAAAUAAAUGCUUUUUAUUUCUC